GUUCACCAGGAAACGGUGCAACCUGACGUUAUCUCGAGCCACACCAAAGCGACGAGCUGUCAAACAAAUGCAUUAAUGUUGUUUCAGUUGUUCCCUGGAAUAUUUAUCGGUAAACCAGCAGCUGCUUGUCCCAGACUGUAAGCUGGUUGAACGUUACCCGAGUGGCUGCUCACAACAACAUUAAACAAAUGAGCAUGUGACCAAGGACUGGGGUUUACAGCACAUGAUCUGGACAAGUGGAGGAGGUCAAAAUCAAUCAAGGGUCGAUUAUUUCAAAGUGGUAGAUCGGGAGUGAAUAGCCAUGACAACAUCCUUGCUGAAAGUCAUUCUUCUGGGCGAUGGUGGUGUAGGAAAGAGCUCCAUCAUGAAUCGCUAUGUCACCAAUAAGUUUGACGCACACCUCUUCCACACCAUCGGUGUUGAGUUCCUCAACAAGGAUCUGGAGGUAGAUGGCCACCAGGUUACCCUACAGAUCUGGGACACUGCUGGCCAGGAGCGUUUCCGCAGCCUGAGGACUCCUUUCUAUCGUGGCUCUGAUUGCUGCCUGCUCACUUACAGCGUAGAUGACAACCAAAGUUUUCUCAACUUAGGAAACUGGAAGAAGGAGUUCAUCUACUACGCCGACGUCAAGGAGCCGGAGAAGUUCCCAUUCGUCGUUUUGGGCAACAAAGUAGACGUAACAGAGAGGCAGGUGUCUACUGAGGAGGCUCAGCGGUGGUGCCAGGAGAAUGGUGACUACCCCUAUUAUGAGACCAGUGCCAAGGAUGCCACCAAUGUAGCGCAGGCCUUUGAGGAGGCAGUGCGUAGAGUGUUGGCAAUGGAUGAAAGAACGGACCACCUCAUCCCCACGGACACAGUAAAGCUCCACAGAAAGCCUCGUUCUGCUGCCACUUGCUGUUCAUAACAUCCCGGAGUUAUCACUAACAUUAAUUCACUGUUAUGCCUGUUAUGUGAUGAGGCUGUAGGUGUGCAAUGCUGUAGUAACAUCUUAUUUAAACAAAUUAUGCUACUGGCUUUGUGAUUCAUCAUACUCUUUAAGGUUUGAUAAUGCAAAUAGUUGAAGUUGUUUGAAAAGACAGAGAAACACUAAAAUCAUCCCAGUCUGAUUACAAAUAAACCAUAAAGCACUGAAUCGUUGACUCAGCACUCCCAUAGUUCAAAAGUCAGGCUAUAAUUAAAUAGCGGAAGGAGAAAUUAUUUAGUGUUGGCCUACGACGCUCUGUGGUCCUUGAAAAGUUUCAUGUUCUUCUGAAAUGGUUAAAUGUUCCUUUCUGUCAUAAUGGAAAACGAUGUGGCUCUUAUAAUCUGUGUUUCGAUGUGUACUAGUUGGGGAAUGCAAUUGUCAUAGGAUCUCUAAACUCGACUCUCCAAAAUGACAGUGCAGAGUGAUGAUAGAAGUAUUUAUAAUUGGAAAAUGACUGCAGAAAUAAAAUCAGCUAUGUCCCCCGAUAACCUUAGUUCAGAAAAUUAUGAAGUAGCUUAGGCACUACUUUGUAUAACUAACAGAUUGAGGCCUAAUUAUUGCACCUUUAGAUCUUGUUUAUGCACAUUUUGCAUUGUGAAUACAUUAUGACUCUGUGCUGGAAGUGCUGAGGGAUAAAUUCCCUUCCAGAAAAUAAAUAUUAAAGCAAACUUAACAUGCAUGGCAUAUGGUAUAUUGAUGUUUCUGGAAAUUUUUGUAUUUUGUAACCUUUUUUUACCUCAAGAAUCACUGAAUCAAAUAAGAAUAUCUCCUUAAUGACAGAUAAUUAAGUAGUGGUUUUAAAUGAGUAAUCCUUUUCCCUCAUUGGUGUGUUUGUUUUAAAUCAUGAUUUUGUUCUCUAAAGCAUUCAAUAACAUUUUUCUACUUACAGCUAAGCGUCCUUCUCCAAAGCUUAAUAUUUAAAAUAAUGAGGCAUUCAAUUACCUUAACUGUUUCUCAUUCAGAUUUCAUUUAUACUCAGUUGUACAACUGGAAUGCCAAAUGAUAAAUAAAGCCCCUGAGAAUUGUC